AUGCCUUUUAAAUUUAAAAAAGGUGAAGUUCUGAAAUCACAAGCACGUAAAGUUGUGCACAAUGUGUUUGAGUUUUUUGCUAAUGAAGCUAAGGAAAAAGCCCUUAAAUUACCUCUCCAUCAACCAUCUGAUAGAGCAUGUCUGGCUACUGGAGUGUCAGACUUCACACUCAGAAAAAUAAAAAGAGAAGUUUCUUGUUUAGGAGAAGAAGGUGUGUUGCGCACUCCCGGAAAAAACAGGAAAAAGAAAUCUGGUGGACUUGCUCAUCUAGAUGAUUUUGACGAAUGUGUUAUUCGUCAAACCAGCCAAGAGUUUUAUAUAAGGGAAAAAAAAGUGCCAUCGCUUCGAAAAUUAAUUCCUGUUCUUCGCGAACGAAUUAAUUUUGAAUUUGAGAAAGAUUCAUUGAAGAAAGUUUUACAUUCCUUAAACUUUCGAUGGGAGCGGUGCACUCCCCAAAGAAAACUGCUUAUCGAAAGGCCAAACAUUGUUUUUUGGCGCAACAAAUUUCUGAGAGAAAUUCGUGAGCAUCGGAGGAUGCAGCGUCAACUAGUUUAUUUGGAUGAAACAUGGGUUGACAGUAAUUUAACAUUCCAGAAAUGCUGGCAAGACAAAAAUAACAACAUUGGUGUUAUAUCGAACGUCAGUUCGAAAAAUAGACUUAUCGUUGUUCACGCAGGAUCGUCAAGUGGAUUUAUACCGGGAGCUUUGUUGGCCUAUAAGGCAUCUAGUCAGUCUGGUGACUACCACGGCCAAAUGAAUUUCGAAAAUUUUCGAAAGUGGUUGAUGGAGAAAUUACUGCCAAACCUACAACCUAAUAGUGUGGUAGUAAUGGACUAUGCUCCAUAUCACACUAAAAUUGAGAACCCCACGACAAUAUUGAUAUCGUACCGAUUUCAAUUUUUGUUAAAUUUGUAUGUAAGGGGAACUAACUCCUACCCCCGGUUUACGGACUGA